AUGGCUCCGCGCCGGUUUGAAAGAUCCGAUACCCCGAAAACCCCCCCGAACGGAACUUCUAAGAACGGAAGAAGAACCCAAAAUCCCCGUUAUCGAGCCCACUCAUCAUCUCAGACCAACCGAAACAACCAUGGCUCCGAUCGCUGGUGGACUAAACAAUCACAGAUCAGGAUUUUCUUGGAUGGGCUUCCCGCUGGAACAGAAGUCAAACAUAUUCAUGACUGGUUUUCUCCCGAGGGAACGAUUGUUCUGAUCACGGUUGAUGAUGAUCAAUCAAGAGGGAAGAUCGUGUUUGCUCCGCCCCCAGACACUCCUUUCUGGCAAACAGGCACCAAGGUUAUUCAUCAUUAUGACUUCAUGGGAUCUCACCCGGACGGGGUCACCAUACGCAUGAGUGUGGCCCCGGACAAUCAACAGAGGCCUUCUAAGCCGGGGGACCAAGUCUCACUGUACCCCCAAUUUUUGAAGCUUUACGCAAAGUCCUUCGAUUUCGGGACCAUGGUGAGCCGAACAGGCAUGCGAUCGAUCAGACAUUUCAAGUCUGGCAGGUUUCAUUCCCGUGAUCUCCGGGUCGAGUUCAACUCCAACUCCAAACGGCUUGAGAUUUAUUUCUCAAUCCCAGGAAAGGACCAGUCAUGGCAAGGUAUAAGACAGUACAAAGUUCUCAUGGACACUGCGCAGAUGAAAGAUGUCUUCCUAAACGAUCUAAGUAACGGAGAUUGUGCUUUGACUUUCUCUAUGACCUUACCACCUCAGUACUUUUGGAAAUCUGAUGAUGGACCGGAACGUAUCCCGUAUGGCGCAAAAAUUUGGAGCCAUCUGGAUUCUUGGAAUCGCGCCACUGAUGUGGCCGAGAACAUCCAGACCCCUCUGCGAUACCCUGUUGCCCUGUCCAACAAGGUGGCGGAUAGAGAAUUCCUGGAGAUUGGAAGAUUGAACACGUUCCGUAUUGUUCUUGACAAACAAGAAGAUCGACGGGGAGUUGCUUUGUGUGCCCAGCUCCAUCAGGCCCUCGUGGAUUCCAAUGUUGUCUUCAACUCUGACGAGAUUCAAGUCACUUCGGCCGGCGAGAACAUGUGGUCGUACCUAGAUCAUCAUUACAACUCUUUAUUGUCUGGAACUACAACCUCGGAGUUGCUGAGUUUUCCAAAGAAUCAUGUCUAUCUCCCAUUUGAGGUACGGUAUCAACUUGAAGUUUGCGUCUCAAGAGGCAUUCUGAACGAAUACACCAUCACUUUGGAGUUUCUCACUCAGUUGGCGGACAUGGCCCCAAUAAAAGCAAGGCAACUGCUCGAAUUCAUUAUGGAUAACGACGAACCGCUCUUGGAUCCGAUGAGUUUGUUCGAAAACAGCGACGCAGAUGCUUACUAUCCGAACUUGAGGCUUCCCCAUUAUUGUGCCCUUGUUCGGAAGGCUUCCGUCACCCCAACGACAAUUCGCUUCAGCACCCCGAAUGCCGAAACCUCCAACCGGGUUCUUCGUGCGUACAAUCACCUACAAGACCGUUUCCUUCGCGUCCAGUUCAUCGAAGAGUCGGAAAAAUCCAGGAUUGGCAUGUACAGGCCACAAAACGAUGCCAUUUACAAUCGUAUCAUGAGAGCCCUUUAUCACGGCAUUCAGAUAGGAGAUCGCCAUUACGAAUUUCUCGCGUUUGGAAAUUCUCAACUGAGAGAAUGCGGUGCCUAUUUCUUCUGUCCCACAGAGCAUGAAACGUGCGAUAGCAUCCGAGCGUGGAUGGGCCAGUUUGACCACAUCAAAAUAGUGGCAAAGUAUGCAGCAAGACUGGGGCAGUGCCUUUCGACAACCAGAGAGAUUAGAGGAAUUGCCGCCCCUCAGAUAACGAAGAUACCAGACGUUGAAAAAAACGGAUAUUGCUUCUCUGAUGGUGUCGGGAAAAUGUCCCCCGUUGUUGCCAGUCUAGUCCUUGAGGACCUUCGGCUUGAAAGGUUCCAAGAGCCGGUUGCUUUUCAAUUUCGCAUGGGUGGUUGCAAGGGCCUUUUAACGGUGUGCCCGGAAAUGAAUGGGAUCAAUGUUCAUAUUCGGGAGUCUCAGAGAAAGUUCGACUCCAGAUACAACAAACUGGAGAUUAUCCGCAGUGCCAAGCCUGCUACAGCCACCCUCAACCGACAAACAAUCACAAUCCUUGAGAACCUGGGUGUCCCAAAGCACGUUUUCCUCAACUUGCUAGAUCGCCAACUUGCAAGAUUCGAAGCUGCUAUGGUGAAUACGAAUGAGGCCAUCAGCAUGUUGAGCCAGCACGUGGACGAGAACCAAACCACUCUGACCAUCGCCGAGUUGCUCAAAGCAGGUUUCAAGAAUGGAACCACGAGAGAACCAUUCGUUACAACGAUCCUUGAGCUUUGGAGAUCCUGGUCACUGAAGCUUUUGAAAGAGAAGGCUAGGAUCGAGGUAGAGGAGAGUGCUUUUGUUCUUGGCUGUAUGGAUGAGACAGGCUCAUUGAGGGGGCACGACUCCACAACUGAGGGCUCUCAAGACAAAGAUGAGAACAAGCUCCCUCAAAUCUUUCUGCAACUCUCCCACUCGACAUCCCCAACAAAGAUCGUGGAGGGUAUUUGCAUUGUGGGUCGCAAUCCGUCACUUCAUCCAGGGGAUAUCCGAGUCGUACAGGCAGUCGACGAGCCCAGAUUGCAUCACCUCAAGGACGUUGUCGUCUUUCCUCGCGGUGGAGAUCGGCCGGUACCCAAUAUGCUGUCAGGUGGUGACCUCGACGGUGACGAUUUCUUUGUCAUUUGGGAUAAAAAUAUGAUCCCCAGUGAGUGGAACCACCCGCCCAUGAACUACUCGGGGGUGAAGGCAAAAGAAGUAGAAAGCGGAGUCACGGUCGACCAUCUGCGAGACUUCUUCGUAUCCUACAUGAAGAGUGAUGUACUGGGAUUGGUCGCCACCUCACAUCUUGCGCUUGCGGACCACGCCCCAGAGGGCCCGAGAUCUCCCAUCUGCCUCGAGCUUGCUUCCUUGCAUUCACAAGCCGUUGAUUUCCCCAAGACUGGUCAGCCGGUCAUUUGGAACCCCAGGUUGCAGCCUAAGGGAUGGCCCCAUUUUAUGGAAAAGAAAAAAGGUUCUUACCACUCGAAGAAGGCGUUGGGUGUCAUCUAUGACAAAGUGAGCCGUCAAUCGGCUGAAUUUACACCUAACUGGGCGAACAAUUUUGAUGAGAGAAUCACGAAGCAAUUCGAGUUCAGCGACGACAUCCUUCGAACAGUUACAGAUAUCAAAAAGGAAUACGAUAUAUCGAUGCGUCGGCUGCUCACCCAACAUAAUAUCAAGACAGAAUUUGAGCUAUGGACUGGCUUUGCCAUGUCGAAACCUGCUAUCGGCAGCGACUACAAGAUGCAGGAGGUCCUGGGGAAAGAAUACGAAACUCUCAAGCAAAGAUUCAAAGAGAUUUGUCACCAGAAAGCUGGGGGAGAUAGCCAUGAGAAAAUGGACCCGUUCGUUGCCGCCAUGUAUAAGGUAACAGAGGAUCAAGUCAAGGCUGCUCUAUCAUUGCCUGAAGCAUCGGAGGACAGCUCUGGGGAGGAGCAUACCCGAAACAUGCCAUUGAUCACAUUCCCGUGGAUCUUCCACGUGAACAUUAUUCGAAUCGUCAAAAAACCGGACAACAAGCACGGCUCGAACGACUCUGUUCUCGCGGCAUCAAAGCUGAAGAAAGAGCACCAGAACAGCCUCGGGGCACAGACAAACUCGGGCGAAGAUACGAAUAAAGCGAGCAUUGAUGAAAAGAACCAGCUAGGUAAUAUCAUUACUGAGACAGAGGUACUUAUUCCAGGCCUUGGAGGAGAGGACUCCAGCAGCAACUCCGGUUCGGACAGCCCUGAUGAAACACAUCACCACCCUGAAUCCACAACCACAUCUGCCUCAUUCUCAGAUAACGAGGGUGUAAUGAUUACUGAACCUAAUGGGCUAAAUACACAAAACUCAUCACAUGCCAUCGCCCCGUAUGAAGACUUGCUAUCAAGUGCGUCAAUGGCAGCACUAGAGGGGCAAACAGCGGCUCUCACUUUGGGGGAGGAGACCAAUACCCAAAGCUCACCUCCUCCAGUCAGUGCGGCCGUUGUACUUGAUGGUGCUGCCAAUUUCGCAAGUGAGUCAGGGGAUGAGGCUGUCGUACAGAGACAGCCCGAGCUGAACCAGGGUGUCCUCAUUGAAUUCGAUGAUGAAAGUGACGAAGAGGCCGCGGAAGAUCGGUUAAUCAGAAUGUGCGCUUGA